AGUGGUAUGCAAUAAUAUGCUUAUUCCAAGCAUCAGAAGAUGCCGCCCGCAGUGCUUAUGCAACACAAGUCUUAUAUAAUCAACACAGGAAGGCAGCCAAGCCAAGCCAAGCAGCCAAGUGGUUAGCUCCCCCAUCUCCCAUAAAGGAACAUUACUGGAAGCAAGAUGUCAUUCUGCUCAUGGUUUGGUGGUGAAAAAUAUAGGGAUCAUUUUGAGCAUGGAGUGUAUGCCUGCUCGGAGUGCAGGCACCCAUUGUUCGCCAGCAGUGCCAAGUACGCACACAGCACACCAUGGCCUGCCUUCUCUACCACCGUCGGUGCUGACGCGCUGAAACGGCGCAAGGAGUCGGCCACCGCCUACAAGGUGAUGUGCGGUAAAUGCGGCAAUGGGCUAGGGCAUGAGUUCCUCGGGGACGGCCCGGACGGCGGCUCGCGCUUCUGAAUAUUCUCACACGCCCUCAAGUUUGUGCCUCACAAAGAGGUGAUCAAGCGUGAGGGCGCUACCAAUGGCACGAAGGCUGAGUAGCGCUGCCCCGCCGGCGGCGCCGCCGGUGGGCGGCGACCCUGCUGGGGUGGCGACCCCGGCUGGAAGGCCGGACGACCCGCAGGCCGGGCCGUCCGGCUCCGGUCCACAGAUCCCGGACCGGGGGCGGCGAGGAGCGCGGCGAUGGCGCGGGACGCGGCCUCCGCGGAGAGGGACCGGCCGGCAGGAAGCGGCUCAGGGUGUUGUUACGUUUGGGAUCGGGCUGUGGUCCUCGCUCCUCACCCCCGGGACUGAGCUGCGGUCUUCACCAGGACUGGGCGCCGGUCCUGAUCUCUCUGGUUCUGGCCUCCGGGACCUGAUUGGUCCGUUGCCCUGAUCUCGAGUACUGGUCACUAGUCCUGACCUCUGGUGCUGGCCUCUAGUCUUGGCGGUAAUGGUUUUAAAUCCUAACUUAUGUCUGUCUCUAGCCGGGACGUUUGGCCUCCGUAUCGGCGUUUAUGUCUAUGUCUACCUAGUUGAUACUCGUCUAUGCUACCAACCCUCGUUAUCGGUCCGUGACCCUGACCGUUGGUGCCGGCGCCUGGUCCUGAACGCUGUCGCCGCCGCCGGUGCCGGCCUCGGGACGCGCCGGCUCCUUGCCGGGACGGAGCCGGCGGCGGCGCGACGGCCACGGGCGGCUCUGGGCCCCAUGACGCACUGCCGGGAGUCCGCCGUCGGCGGGCCGGCCGCGCCGAGACUCGCCCGGACGCCGCCCGGCCGCCGCGCCGCCGCCCGCCCGCGACGUCAGAGUCGUCAUACCUCACAGGCGAGAGGUGUGACGUGUGGGACGCCGUCGCUGGCGGACAUGGACUCGAUCAGGAACGGUGCGGGUCUGUUACGGCGACAGAGUGCGACGCGCAGAGCGCCGACACCGUGCUUGUCGGCCGUGUGGCGUUAAAGCUUGCGGAAGUGAUGGAGACGAUACGGGUGGGGAUGCGCCUGGCGAUGGAGAUGCUCGAAUGCCGGGUGCGGUGUCGUGGCGGCAUGCGCGGUUGAGGAGCGCGUGCGUGCGAUUGGUCGGGUUCGCCUCGUCUCUGUGUCGCUUACGCGUGCCAUGUAGUUCUGCCGUGGCCGUCGCCGUGUCUGGCGCGGCCUUUACCGUUCACCGCUCGGAAAGCGGAUGGCUUCGCUUGAUAAGCUGUUGUAACCACGCGACACGUUUGCGAUGAUGCGUCCAAGACUCGGA